CACAUUCUAUUCAAAGACCAACCCCAUACCGGCAUCUGAAAAUACCGGCGGCAAGGCUUACUUGUACAUUCUUGGAAUUUGUUUCCUGCUAUAAACAUCGAGGCGGUCGCACUCUAUUCGAACAUUACACAAGACAAUCUCGACUUCGAUUCGGCAAUCUACAUCACCAUCCAAGAUACUCCAAUAAGUCGACAACCUCAAACAUGAUCUUCACCAACACCCUCAGCCUCGUCUUGGCCCUGGCACCUGCCACCAUCUUCGCCGCUCCUAGCCAGACUGUCGACUCGAUAGCAGCUUUGAUCCCGAGGCGAGACAUCCCUGCGGUUGUCUACAAGGAGUUGUUGAAGACAGACUCACUAUGUGAUCUAUCCAACGUUGCCCUCCCUGCUGCACCCACCCCCCUCGCUGCCCCAGCCAAAGGCACCUCCCUCCGGCACAUCGCCAUCGGCCGCGGCACCCAAAACUACACGUGCGCCUCGUCCUCCGCCUCGGACAUCCCUAAAGCCACCGGUGCCAUCGCCACGCUCUUCAACGCCACUUGCGACGCCGCCCGCCUCAACGUGAACAUCCUCGGCCAAGUCACCGACCUCGCACUCAACUAUGCGAUCCCCAAGUCCGCGGAGGCAGACCAGCGUCUCUCAGGCCACCACCAGUUCACCGCCGCGGGCGUCCCUCUCUUUAUGCUCGAGACUGAUAAGAACAACUUCGGUCGUGUGGAGUGCGCGGUCAAUGCUAAGAGCGCUGCGCCUGAGACUGCGAACAAGGGAUCUAACGGUCUUGGUAGUGUCCCGUGGUUGAAGUUGAACGCUACAGUUACGGCUGAGGGCGCGGCACCUUGGGCGUACAACGAGGUUUACCGGAUACACACUGCUGGUGGUAUGGCGCCUAAGGACUGCGGUGGUAUUGAGGGCAGUUUUACUGUUGAGUACAGCGCGCAGUACUGGUUUUACGCUUAAGUCAUGGCGGCUUAGCUGUUGUUUGUUGAUCUUUUCUUCCGUUUUUCUUUUCCUUCUCCUUGUAUAAAGCAUUUUCAUCGGCGUUGGGGGCACGGGAUGGGGGAGUACCGGUUCAGCGUUCCGGCAGAGCAUAGUAAGCCUAUCUGGAUA